AAACCAAGGUAAGAACCUUUGAAUACGAAGAAAUUUUUGAAUAUGAUGAUGAAAUUAAUGCGGAACCUCAAACGUUAGAAGAAAAUACUAAAAAAGCCCAAGAUUGCCCGACUUGUCUCGAAAAAAUUAAUCGUGAAUUAGCCAAGUGUGAGGGAGGCUUUAAUAAUGAAGUAGAAAGCCAAAAAAAUAAAUGUUCUAAAUGUCAGAAAGAGUAUAUUUCUAGUAAGACUAAUAAUCUUGGUGAUAAAACAGGAAAUUUGGCUUGCAGUUGUUCUAAAAAGCCUAACAAACAACCAAGCAAGGAAGGGGAUAAUAAUGACGAUAACUCGGAUGACAACAAAAACAAAAUUCCCAAAGUCAGCACCGUGCGAAAAUAUUGUAAAGACAACGACGUCCAGAGAUUAGAAUACGACGAGGACACUAGCAAACUAAUAAUUACUUAUAAGGGCAAUAGACCCAAAAGUGAAUUAGAAACCUUAACCGAAGAACAAGAAGAAAUUAAAAAUUAUCUGAAAAAACUAGGAAAACAAGACAAGAAUAAAAACAAACGAAGGUUUUUAACUGAUAGUGAUUGGGAGGAAAAUAACCACGAACAUCAGCGACAUCAAAGCCAACAAACUAACUGA